AUGCCUAUCUCCUGCUGCAAUGUUUUCUACAAGAUCAUCACGAAGAUCCUUUCGAGGAGGAUGGCGCCGUUCAUACCGGGGAGACACAUCAUGGACAACAUCCACCUCGCCCAGGAGCUCAUGCAAGGGUAUGCGGACAAGAAGAAUGAACCUAAGUGUACGGUCAAGAUCGAUCUCCGAAAGACGUAUGACACUAUGGAUUGGGAGUUCCUCAGGGCCAUCCUACACGGGCUGAACUUACACCCGAAGUUCAUCUUUUGGGUGAUGCAAUGCGUCACGACGCCCAGGUUUUUGAUCGCGAUCAAUGGGAGCCCGCACGGAUUCUUCCCCGACAAAAGGGGACUUCGACUGGGAGACCCCAUGUCCCCGACUCUUUUUAUCUUUUGCAUGGAAUAUUUAUCUCGUCUGCUUGCAGCUAGAACGAUGAACACUAACUUUAAUUUCCAUGCAAAAUGUGCGGGAGAAAAGAUUACUCACUUGGCCUUUGCAGAUGACCUUAUGCUGUUUAGUAGGGGCGACUACAUGUCCAUGGAGAUCUUGGCAGAUGCUAUGGAGGAGUUCUCGGGCUGCUCGGGAUUGGAGAUCAACAAGGACAAGUCUAACCUUUUUUCAGGUGGCAAGCUACCAACACGGGACUUGGAGGAGAUCAAGAGCAUUUUUGGCUUCCCGUUGGGUUCCUUACCGGUGAAGUACUUGGGAGUGCCCCUCGCGUCGAGCAAGCUCAACAUCAUGCAUUACUCGCCGUUGAUUGACAAGAUCGCAUCCCUCACCAAAAAAUGGACCGGUAAGAAUCUUUCGUAUGCCGGUAAAUCUGAACUUGUGCGCUCUGUUUUGCAUGGAGUCGAGUGCUAUUGGCUACAAGUCUUCCCCCUGCCAGCGAACGUGAGGGACCGGAUCAUCUCUAUCAGCCGUGAGUUCCUUUGGGGUACGAAGUAUCCCCCGGUGUCUUGGAAGGAUCUCUGCCUACCGAAGGAUGAAGGGGGACUCGGCUUUCGGGACCUUGGGGCGUGGAACAAGGCUCUACUUGCACGGAACUUGUGGAACAUUCACGUGAAGAAGGAUUCAUUGUGGAUCAAAUGGAUCCAUAGUGAGUUUCUCAAGAACCGGACACUUUGGGAAUGGAAUGCAAGAUCGCGGGACUCACCACUCUUCAAGAGGCUGCUCGAAAUCCUAGACGAGUUACUGACCGACCGGCCGAGAAGAGAAGUGGAGAAGAUGUUGGGACAGUGGUACGGGAGCAAGGGAGCGGUCGAGGCGUACGAGUGGUUCAGACUGAAAGGUGAAAGGCGACUAUGGUACCGUUUCGUGUGGAAGGACUUUGUCCCGCCAAAGUACUCCUUCACUACUUGGCAAGCACUCAGAGGACGACUUCCCACGAGGGACAGACUGGGCUACCAAAACAUCGACCAACACUGCCCCCUGUGCAUGGCGCAUACGGAGUCCGUGGACCAUCUUUUCUUCAAAUGCCACAUGACAGGGGCAGUCUGGAAGGAGAUCAAAUCAUGGCUGGGUCUGAGGAGGAACAUCACUAUUAUCCCGAGCACCAUCAAUUGGAUGCUCAAGGAAAGAAGCGGCGCGACAGUCAUGCUCAAGGCCAGGAGACUAGCCCUCAUCACGAUGGUCAGCCUGAUGUGGCGAGCCAGGAAUGCCUUCAUUUUCGAUGGAUCAGUUUUUCAACCCAAGCACUUGGUGUUUGAGGUGAAGAAGGUAACAUAUUCAGUAUUAUACUCCCUUUAUCCACAUGAGCUAGUGACCGAGCACUUAGGAGUCUAG